AUGCCCGUUCCCAAAGUGGAUCCGGGAGUGCUGCACUUGGAGCAUGAAUUGCGCAGAGAGCUUUCCGAAGCAUUGGAGAUGCGCUUGUCACCAAUCUUGGCACGCUUGAAUGCCUUGGAAGCGCACCUUGUACAGAGCACGGAAGAGGAUGGACUAUUGGCCAGCAGCCGAGGGACUGGGAGAAACACAGUCCCCACUCACAGCCAUUUCGAUGAAGCUGCGCGUCCGCAGGCAGAAGCACUGGACAUGGAAUCGAUUCUGCUACCACCUGUGCAAGAAUCGUCGCCAUCUCAGGACCCAUGUGAACGCGUACAUGUUGGGGAAACCGUGUGGAACUUUGUUCUUGUGAUCGGCCUGUUGGACUGUGGCACCAUGGACACGUUGAUUGCUUUUGCCCUCAUGGUUGGCAAUGCAAUGAUGCAGGCCUUGUUCUGCAUCGCCAUCAUGUCACCAGAAUUUCGGGGCACUGCCUUUGCCUCGCAGCUCGCUGUUGCGAAGAAGUGGCGCUUGGGCGUGGGCCACGAUUCGACCUACAUGGACAGCACGCCUACCAGCCUCGUUGCUCGGGUAUGUGGCAGUGAUGAAACACUCAUUGUUGCAAACUCACAGGCGACUUUGGUGCGUGACAUCACCGCCUAUUUGGGCUUUGACAAUGCAGACGGGAGCUCCUGGUUUUCACCUGGGGCUCUCCUGAGCACGUUGUGCAUUCUACACUGGUGUCUUUACAUCUUUGAGGAGAUUCGGAGCAUUUGCUCGACGAUGCACGCAAUCUCCAAUGUGCCACGGGAUCAGAAAAGCGAGAUGCGAGGAGGUCGCUUGAUACACAUCUCGUACUUCCGCUUUCUGUCAUACUUCCUGCUGACGGUGAUCCGGUCGUGCAUCGCUGCCGUGCUGCUCUAUGCAGGCGUUCUGUGGUUGGCAGGGACAACCUCGAUUGCUUCGUUGAUGGUGAACAGUGUAGCACUGGCGGCAAUAAUGGACAUCGACGAAAAGAUUUUCGCGGCACUCAUGCCCCGGCAGAUUCAAGUGGAAAUGGAUGGUUUGCAACCUUUCACUGCGACUUACAGUCGCAGAUCCAGCCAAGUGGAAUCAAUGCUGUUGAGCGCGGUGACCGCAGGUCUGCUGGCAUGGUCAUUCGUGUUCCUUAUCCACCCGCUGAGUCAAGAUAUGCGAGACGUGAAGGAUGAGUAUUGCGGUGGUAACCAAGACUUCGUUCUCAAAAGCAACGCAGAUGUUCAACUUUCAGUUGCCAUUGGAACAGUUCCCUAUGGGGAAGGAGGGGGAGAUUUGACGCUGAACAAUUUGGCGGUGCAUGAAAUGCUGCACGAGGUCCAUGAGAACGGCUACCUGAGAUACACAGUCCUUGCUCAAACUCUCCGCGAUUUCGACAGGUGGUCUAGAGGGACAAUCAGUGAUUGGGGCAUUGCUAUACUUCAUGGCUGCACCCAGUGGGAGGGCAGCAGCUUCCUCGUGGCUGUGGCAGUUUCUCUCGGCUACGAGCCGAAAUCAGGCUAUGCGUGCAAUGACUUUGCGAGCGAUUGCCUCCGCCCAGAAGCGCGGCUGCUGCGGAUGCUGUGCCCGAAAACUUGCGGCUGCAAUGAUCCCAGCCUUCCCUGGUUCCGGGUGUCCACGUUAGGCUGUCCGCAACCUUGCCUGGAUGACGCGAAGAAAGCAUCUGCCAAGGUGCCGUGCAAAGACACGACUGUUGAUUCGGCAUGGCAUGAAGCCUGGUCGUCAUGGCCACAGAUAUGGCUGACGCAAUUCAAUGGCAAUCCGAAAACUCGUGCCGGCCAAGAUCGCUUAGCCGUACUGAACAACAUUUCACGGCGAGCCCGUGAGAAUGGAUGCAGUGCCGUCGCAAACCUGGGCUUGCCCAAAGGAAUACCGUUCAAUGGGGACUCUGUUUGCCAGGGCUGGAACAUGCUCAUCUCUUCCGUGGCAAAUCUCUGCCCUGAGACGUGUGAAUGCACGAAGCCCGAGUAUGCUGCGGACCCACAGCGUGGCUGCCCACGCAGCUGCGAAAGCCUUGCCCGGACAGAAGCUCGCAUCCCGAAGCAGGCAAGUGAAGCCAUGGCAAUCACGGCUGCCAAGCGAAGGCAACUGAGUGAGGAGCUUAUUGAACGAGCUGCAGCCGGUCGGCACCAAGAUGUUGCAAAGCUCCUCGAGGAAGGGGCAGAUACCGAGUUCGCAGACCGGAAUGGUUACACGGCGGUCUCUGAGGCUGCCAUGUCUGGCCAGACGGUGGUGCUAGGCCAGCUGCUGCGAGCCGGGGCGGACCCGAACAAGCCGGCAAAGGACGGCCGAACGCCGCUCCAUCGAGCCGCCUUCCACGGCUGGAUGCCGGCUUUGAAGCUUUUGCUGGAGAACGGCGCGGAUCCCUCUUUGGCAGACAGUGAUGGGAAGACACCAGCUGAGGUGUCGAAGAAAGUGGCAGUGCAAGACUUGUUUGCUAGCUUCAGCGACGAGCAAAUUCAGGAAGCGAUUCGGUCUCAGAAAGAGAAGAUGGCCCAACGUCCACGCUAUGAUGAUGAUAUCUCGUUGAGCAAGCCAGCACCGGCACCUGAGGCUGCCGAAGUCCCGAAGAAGACACGCACACCAAAGACGAUUUACUACAAGGACAGGGCAGCGAACAACCAGGCCGACACAGGCGGCACUGACCAGGGUGGCACAGAAGAUCAGAAGCAGUUUCUCGAACUCCAUCCUACCUUAGACAUCAUUGCCCAGCCUGAUGGGUAUGCAUCUCGUCCCGGAAAGGCCGGAGGCUACAAGGAUGACGUUCGGCUGCAAGGCGGAAGCCUAAUUGUCGAAACCUCUGAGGGGCUCUUCGCAAGCGAGGAGGUCGGGCAGAAGGUCUCUGAGAGCCCAGAGCAGAAGGCCGCGCUUUGGUUGCAGAACGUGGACGUCGACGUGCCGUUGGACAUGCAGGCCAUCCAAGCCGCAAAGGUGAAAGCUCAGGAGCAUUUCAACCAAGGCAGCGUCAGCGAUGCUCGACGAGUCACUACGGCGGCGAUCCGUGCCGGUGAGCUCCUCCUCGCGAGGGACAGCGCGCUCGAGGAGAAGGCCAACGAAGACUUGCAAUCCUUGCUGGGCAUCCUGCAUUCCAACCGCAGCCUCUUGCUGACACACCAGAUUCAGGCAGGAGACGAGGAGGUCUUGCAGUUCGGUCCCGAUGCUGCUUGGAGCUUGGUGGUCAUGGACACGAAUGCGGCAUUGAUGGGUAAUCCCUCCAACUUCAAAGCUAGCUUUCGGCGAGCACGCGCUUUGUUCGAGCUGGGAGAGCUGGAUCAGGCGAUGGCUGAUGCCACACUUGUGGUGGACCAUUAUGCUCGCAACACACAGGUCUCUAAUCCGGAGGCGGUUGCAUUGCGGCAGAGCAUCAUGGAUGCUUUGAAGAAGGAGCGUGCAAAGUGGGGUGACAAGGGAGGGCCACGCUGGAACCGGCUUGUGAACGACAGUGGGGCAUUGAUCUCUGAGGUUGCGAUUCCUCUUGAUGAUCCGCUUUGCAAGCGUUUGGAGUCUGCGAAGCCCUUGGAUCUGACUGCCAAUCCGAGGGUGCAGGAGAGCAGAAAUGAGGCCGAGACUGCCCAGACGAGGCAAGCCAAGCUGCUGGGCAAUGAGCGGAGGAUAUCCAUCCUCUCGAUCACAGUUUCAGGUGCGCGAGACGCCUGCAACGGCAGCUACAAGUUCGAUGGCCUUCACCAGGGAAAGCCACUCUUCAAGUCUGACACUGGGGCCAUCAUCUACUUCCAACGGUUCUGGAAGAUGAAUGCGGCCUACAGGACGAGCUCUUGGAUGUACAGCCUUCCCGACAGCCGGACGGCCUUGCCGCCAGAAGGCGAGUGGACGCGCGAAGGGUCGGUGGAGAUGACCUCGGGAUCCGCACCGACGGUGACCUUUGUGGACGAGUGUUUCAAAAGCCUCGGAGAGCAAGGCAGCUCCUUGAGACUAGAAGGAGGUCGCACAGUGCUUAAGCGUGAGGAGAACAAGAGCUGGCGCUGGAUCGAGCUUCCUGUUUUCGAGCAACGCCCCGGCACACCUCCGGCGGCUCAGAAAGAAGUCGCGGAGGAGCAGGUCCCGCAAGCCGCUCUUCCCUCUUUGGAGGAGCUUUGUGCAAAGUUGGAUGCCGAAGAGAUUUCGGACCGGCUGAACUUCGGCUUGCUUGGACACAUCGACGAAGACGAGGAGCAGCCUUCCUCACUCCCAUCGAGUGGGUACUUCAGCUCAGACAUGAUCCGACAAAUGGGCCAAGGCAUGCUCGCGCAGAUGCCGCGGGACCCGAGAGGUGAGCCUUGCAGCACCAGUCCGGAAGCUGCGGACGCGCCGCCGUGGCCGCUCGAGCAGCCUCGAGUCGGCAUGGCCGCACGAUUGAUGAAGUCCGACGCCGAGUCUCAACGAGGCGAUGCGGGCAACCUUCUGCGCGCGAAUCGUCUGCGAUUUCGGUAA